GCCUGGCGAGUGUGGAUGCGUUCUUUAAGCACGGCCUAUACAACAAAGUGAACCAACCCAGUAAAGGGGAAAAACAACAGAAGCCAAGCGCGACGUCUAAAAAAAUAAACCCCUAAAAGAGUAGAGAGGAAACACAGAAAUUGUUGACGUGCGAAACAAAAGCAGAGCUAACGGUAGGCCAACGGAAAGUGCAACGAGAGAAAAGUGAGAGAAAAGUAACAGGCAUAAACUUGCUCGCAUCUUGUGGGCAAUCUUGUGUGCCAAUAUUUCAGUGUUGUAAAGCAAGCAACGGAGAGAAGGAAAUGUGUUGAAAAUUAACAAAAGCUAUUUGAAAAUCUCUGUACACCACAAUUUCUUAAAAUCCAAAAGUUGGAAAAAAUUCUACACAGAUAUAUGUAUGUACAUAAUAUAAGUGUAUAUUUAUAUAUAUAUAUAUAUAUAUGUGUGUGUAGUGGUACAAUAUUUGUGAGCGCCAAAAAGCCGAAGAGACGAAGCCGCGCAGCCAUAUAAAUCGUCGCUGCUCUCGCGCGACGGUCUCCAGCUCGAAAGUCCACGUCCUUCUCGGUCGCGUAGUAAAAACUCUCGUAGCUUGCGCGUGUGUGUGUCUGUGUAUGAGUGUGUGUGGAUUGUCGGCAUAUCCUGUGGGGCUCUCGCUGUGCCUCGCUGCACAUACCCCCCGAAACACCAUCCCGCUAUAGGCGUUGCGUUUAAGGAUUUUGUUUUUGGUCAAGUUUUUCGUACUCAGCUUCGAAAUUGCGAAUUUGGCGCGCAGAGGAGCAUCAAGAACCCAAACAACAUAUCGCAAUACAAUACCAGCUAUAUUAGCACUUGCCCCAAAAGAAUAACUAAUGAAAUUUCUUGGCAAAAAUGUUGAACAUAUCCGGCAAAAGCAAUACAAACUUUUGGGAACACAAAAUGUUCGACUUUCACGCGUUCAAACCAAGUAAAUGAAAAACCAAAUUGGAACCAACAGAAGGGAUGCUAUGAAAAAAACAUAGUCGCAUUCAAUUACUGACUAUAAAUAAAUUGUAAGCCGAAAAUUUAAAUUAAUUAAAUUGAACAAAAUCCGUUGUGCAGCGGCGCUAAUUUCUAGUGAAGUGUCAAUAAUAAUAAACAAAAAAAAUACAGCAAUUAAAUGUGGAAAUAAAAUUGAAAUUGCUGGACUGUUCUGUGGCUUUUAUCGCAUGUGCGGGGCACGCCGAAGAUAAAUAAUUAUAAAUUUUCGGAAACUGAAAAAUCAAUUGAAAGUGGCCGCCCCGAAGCCAAAACCAGAGAUUCAAACGUGAACAGACCAAAAAUGGAGAGCAAACACUGGAGUUGCUUUGUGGCCAUUGUGCUGGGCGUGUUGAUAUUCAAAAUGCACAUAUUUGUUGCGCUCGGCGAUCAGGAUGAGGAUAUACCCCACAACGAGGUUCGCAAUUGGGCCUUGAAGUUCGGCGUUGAUCUGUGGGAAUUUGGACGGCAAUUCACCAAAAUGAACGAGAUCAAAAAUCGCUUCAAGGACAACGACAUCGAGGUGAAGCGCAAGGAUGGCAUUAUCCUGCUGCGUGAACUGGCUGCCGAGGUGAAGAACUUUAUGGACUUCAAGCGCAACUCUGUCAUGCGCCUGAUGGACUCGGCCGAGCAGGCGGCCCUCUCUGAGAUGGACGGACAGGGACAGGCGGAGGCGCCUAUGGGGGGACAGCAGCAGCACUACGAUGCGAGGCGGAUCAACGAGUAUAAUGCCGAUGGCAAGCUGGCGGAUGGAGCCCGUCAUAUGGAUAUACGGUUCAUGCGACGCUUCGAACGCCUCCCGGUCAAUCUCAGUCUAAGCUCGAUUCUGGUGCCGCAUGGCGUCGAUCUGGAUGAGGCGGACGUGAAGUCGGCACUGCAGUGGAGCGCCCAUUUGGACCCACUGUUCCAGAACAACUUAGAGCAAGAUCCGGCAUUGUCAUGGCAAUACUUUGGCUCAUCCUCGGGCUUCCUGCGUCGCUUCCCGGGCACGGCCUGGCCCCCCGAGGGUUCCAAGGGAAGCAAGCUCAUCCACGACUUUCGCACCCACAACUGGUUCGUCCAAGCCGCCUCCUCGCCCAAGGAUAUUAUGAUUCUAUUGGAUGCCUCGUCCAGCAUGUCGGAGAAGUCCUUUGAUCUUGGCAUGGCCACGGCCUUCAACAUUCUGGAUACCCUUGGAGAAGAUGACUUUGUGAACCUGAUCACAUUCUCGGAGGUGGUCAAGGCGCCCGUGCCAUGCUUCAAGGAUCGCAUGGUUCGUGCCACGCCCGACAACAUCCAGGAGAUCAAGUCCGCGGUCAAGGCCAUCAAGCUGCAGGACACGGCCAAUUUCACAGCUGGCCUGGAAUAUGCCUUCAGUUUGCUGCAUAAGUACAAUCAAUCCGGUUCGGGGAGUCAGUGCAACCAGGCCAUCAUGCUGAUCACGGAGAGCACUUCGGAGUCGCACAAGGACAUCAUCAAGCAGUACAACUGGCCGCAUAUGCCCGUGAGAAUCUUCACCUAUCUGAUUGGCAGCGACUCGAGCAGCCGGAGUAACCUGCACGACAUGGCCUGCUCCAACAAGGGCUUCUUCGUCCAGAUCAACGACUACGAAGAGGCGCGACGCAAAGUAAUCGACUACGCCUUGGUCAUGGCCCGGCCCAUGAUAAUGUACCAGGCGGAUCAUCCGGUGCACUGGAGUCCCGUGUUUGUGGCCGGCAAGUCUGGCGGCCUAGGACGGGACUCGGAGUACCAGCGACGCCUGGUCACGACAGUUUCAACUCCGGUCUUCGAUAGACGAAACCAUUCGGUGCGCGUUGCCAAUCUGCUGGGCGUGGUGGGCACCGAUGUGCCCAUCGAAGAGAUACGCAAGGUUAUACCCCAACAUAAGCUGGGACCGAAUGGAUAUUCGUUUAUCGUCGAUAACAAUGGGCGAGUGCUCUACCACCCCGAUCUGCGCCCGCUGGGCGAUGGCAACCAGUAUAUCGAUCAGCUCAAGCCCAAAUACGCCUCGGUCGACAUCACGGAGUUGGAACUGCCGGAAACGGAAAUCGGCAACGAUCACGAGAUAGUGGAAAUGAACAAGAAUCUGCUCAAUGAGAUGCGCGGUGACAUGAUUCGACCCAAAGAGGGCGAGACCGAGUUCACCGUCCUCAACCAUUACGAUGAGGUCAAGCGGGUCUCCAGUCGAACGCACCGCUACUUCUACGGCCCCAUCGAGGAUACACCCUUCACGCUGGCUAUUGUGCUCCCGGAGAAAUACGGUAGCCACGAGUUGGUCUCCCAGCAAGAGAUCCGGCAUUCGCGUAACAAUGUUACCGAAUACUUUAAGGGAGACAACUGGCGCGUACAUCCCGAAUGGGUGUACUGCGAGUACAAUAGCGUCAGCGAUCUGGAGAAGGAGCGCGAGAGCUCCGGCGAGUAUUCGUCACGCGAUCAAGAGCCCAGUUUUGGGUCGCCAGAGGAGCAGGUAUUGCAUUUUCUGGCUCGCGCCGGACGCCCUGGUUGGAAGUGGAUGUCGGUUCGACCCAAGUCGCCGCAGCCACAUCACAACAUGCACAGUGGCUCCAACGGCAAUUCGCCCGGAUCGAGCCACUUUGGGUCGCAGCAUCUGAAUGGUCAGGGCUCUCGCAAGGCAGAGCCGUACUUUUGCGAUCGAACCCUCAUCCAGAGCUUGGUCCGUGACGCCAUGGUCACCGAUGGUCUCGACAGGAAUACAACAAGCACCUCUAAUGGGAAGGAGGACAAGCAUCCCAUCGCCACAUUGAUGGCUAUUCUGAAGAGGCAAGGCUAUUCGAAGUUUUUGGUUGCCACCUCCUUUGUCGCCACGCGUUCGGGUCUUCUCCGCUGGAUUGAUCACAUCAAGAGGCCCGAAGAUACCCCAGAGCCCCACUUCAGCGAGGAGAACGUAAGGGCCAUGGAUACAUCGUGGUAUAAGCGGGCUAUAGAUCAGCACGCUGUGGAACCGGAUAGUUUCGUGUACAGUGUGCCUUUCGGCUCGGGCUAUGCCAUCAAGUCGAAUGCCACUCUGGUAACUGCCUCCCAUGCUAUAUUCGUGGAGCAUCGCGGCCACAAGGCCCCAGCAGGGGUUGUGGGCUUGCAAUUCCAGCACGAUUCAUUGGCCAAGCACUUUAUAAAUAUCACCUCAACUUGCACUGCGGCGAGUGCGUCGGGCUGCAAGAGAACCUGCGCCUCGGACAAUCUCGACUGCUACGUGCUGGACAACAGCGGAUUCGUGAUCAUCUCCGAGGAGAUGGAGCACACGGGCAAGUUCUUCGGCCAGAUCGACGGCACCAUUAUGGACUCACUUGUGCAGGAUCGCAUCUACAAGCGAGUGACCGUCAACGACUUUCAGGGUGUGUGCUCCGAUGCGGACAAUCCAUAUACGGCUGCUGGUGGCAUUCUAAAACCAAAUCGCUUGGGUUCUUGGUUAUUUAACCAUUUGGUGGCCCUAAGUGCCACCUGGCUAUCCUUUAUGCCGGCCACAUUGCGUGCCUGGCCGCAGGAUGACUACACCUACGACAACGAGGAUGUUGUCUUUGUGGAGAACAAUUAUUCAGAUGAAUACGAUAAUUUUGACAAUGAUUAUGGCUUGCCAGUAGAUCAGGAAAUGGAUGAGUUCUUCACCACAGCAGACGUGGAAUACACAACGCCACCUCCCAAGGUGCAUAAGCCACAUGCCGGUCCUCGCUUUGCUCCAGAUCCGCAGAAUGCGAGAAGGUGCGAUCUGCGCACGGAUCUCUAUAUGCUCCAGCCGGAGCGAUUAACUCAGGGCGGCCAAAAUAAUCCACUCAAGGGUAAACUCACCAAUUGCCAUGUCUCUGGCUGCGAGCGGCCGUUCAGCGUCCAGAAGAUUCCGCACAGCAAUCUCAUCCUGCUGGUGGUGGACACACUGUGUCCGUGCGGCUCCAAGCAGCUGGAUAUCGAGCCCUUGGAGGAGUCCGGUGUUGUGGGUGCUUGCAGCACGAGACGGCAGACCCAGGAGCAGGAGUCUCGACGCCGGCCCAGGAAGUGCAUCAACUAUCAUCCCGAGGAGAUUGAGAUACAGCAAUGUGGGCGCGGCAGCAACCUGAGUCACAUGUCCCUCUCUGUAAUCGUGGCCCACAUUCUGAUGGUGACGGUAACCUUUGUGCUGUCCAACGCGUGAUAUGAGUACUAAACGGGCACGAGGACGAUAACCUGCAGUAGUCGUGAGGAUUAAGUUUUUCCUUUUUUCGUCUGUAAGCCACAUGGUUCGGAUGGAGGGGAAAACAAAUUUGAGUUUGUUGAUUUCAAGGCGCCCUUUGCAUGGCCACAGAGCAAAGAAAAAAAUUAAUAUAUUUAUUUAGAAAUACGCAACGCUAAGGCAAACGUUAUACUAACGAGUUUAUACCCAUAUGUUUGUAGACAAUAAUUUGCAGGAGAGGAUUCCCGUGCACAAUUAGACAAAUCGUUAGAUAAACCUCAAUUCCGUAUGUGUUUGUGCAAUAGGCGGAACGGAACAAUUGAAAUCAGAUUAUUUAGUCAAGGAUAAAUACUUUCUAGAGCGAGCUUUGUUCCCCCCUAUUUUAACCAACUGAUUUCCCUAAUUACGAGCAAAACCGAAUAAUUACGAGCACUCACUGAAGCAAAAAUAUGAAGCGAUUAAAAGUUGUCAGUCGGUUUGUGUAAAUAGUAUGAGAAAGUAUUCAAUAUGAACAAAAUUCCUACCGAAAAAUAUUCCAUUCAAGAACAAGUUUUUCCUUUUGUCAGUCUUACAACGUUAAGGGAUAUAUGGAGUUCAUUUUGCACUCAACUGCGAACGCACAAGAUAUCAAGUAUUAUGUACGAGUAUUUUACAACAAACAAGAAGGAGAAUUCACUGAACAAACGGAAGACUUGAAAAACCAGACAGCAAUGUAUAAACAAAAGCACAUCAGAAACCAACAAAACAAAACAAAAACCAAAACAAAGUUGUAGUCAGUACAGUUCAUAUCGCAGACAUAUGUAUGUAUGUACAUCUGUACAUGCUUAUGUACGAGUACAUGUAUAUGUAUGGGUGACAGCCACUUUUGAACAGCAAUAAAAACACAAAAAUAAUGAAAAGUACGAGUAUAUACUAGUAUAUAAAUAAUAAAUA